GUGUAACUCCUGCACUCGCCUUCCCCGCCGCAUGGCGAGUUCGCCGUUGCGGCCGAAAGAAUCCACUCCACGCCGCGUGGCGAUGUCCUCUCACCCAUGGCCACGACGGAAUUACACCAAACCGUGGCUCACCAACACGUCGGGAGGAGCCUCGCGUCCAGACCCCAUCGAGGCGUGCCCGACGCCACCGCCCCUACCAGCAUCCACGAACUUUGACUCGAUGCCUGGGUGGGACUCAUCGCCCCCCCAAGUCUCGCGAAUUCUUGUCCAUCAAAUCCUCGCCAAAUCACAUCCAGCUGACAAGCAAUGGAAAGGCGAUGCUCCGAGUCCGCUGCACCACGCUCCCAAAACACAUCCCCUUGUCGACGCCAAGGCGUUUAUCAUGGACUUACGGCGAGAAAUCGACUGGCGGUUGGCGUGCGAUGUGGUUCCGAUUCAAGUGGAGGAUGAAACCCAAGACCGACGAACGUCCGUCGCCACACACGACGGCAAAAGUAUCCGAUCCCCGUGCAUUUUCGAGUGACGUAGUUGUUUGAAGGUCGGUAUUCAAUUGAAAAUAGAGAGUGGGUCGGGGCAGAGUCGCGUGCUCGUUCCGAAAGCAAGCAGGAGUCAUCCUAGCCACCAGUUGUCCAUGACACCAAUUGACACGACCC